GAACAGCUCUGUCAACAGGCCGCCCUCUACAAGACCAACCAACCAAAUAUUUAAAUUGAUGUUUUAGAUAACAGAAAACCUUGUUCAUGUACAGCUUAAAGGUUUUAUCUGUCGUUUAUAUCCCAGGAGGCGGGGUUUUAAGCCUGAGAGGAUUUCUGACAGGCUAAAUUUCGGACGAAAAAAGACCCACUUCGGAUAAAUACGCGUCAAGCGAUCGCGUGAUACACGGAAAUAAAAAGGUGCCAGCCAGUUCUUCGGCUUCACUUGGAAACUGUCAGAAGCUCUACCAAGCAUCACACGGAAAGAAAUAAGCAUGGAUGUCCGGGCUGGUAUCAUCUUGUUGUUCUGCCUGAUGGGAUUCACCUGUGCGGAUACGGUGAAAUUCAUUGACUGCGGCUCAUCCACUGGCAAAGUGGUAACAGUUGACAUUAACCCAUGUCCCAAUCAGCCAUGUGAGCUGCAAAAAGGACAGUCCUACAGUGUCAAUGUAACAUUCAACAGUGAUGUGUCGAGCCAAACGAGCACAGCAUUGGUUCACGGUAUUAUUGCUGGAGUUCCCAUCCCCUUCCCCAUUCCCAUUGAAGAUGGUUGCAAGUCUGGAAUCCAGUGUCCAAUUCAGCAGCAGCAGAAGUAUAACUAUGUGAACUUGCUUCCUGUGAAGUCUGAGUAUCCUUCAAUAAAGCUGGUUGUGGAGUGGGAACUGAGAGAUGAUGACAAAAAAGACCUGUUCUGCAUUCGGUUCCCAGUUAAGAUUGUGAGCUAAACAAGCAGAAGUACUUCCAUAACAAGUGUUUUGAUUUUAAAGGGAUUUCGCUUUGAGUAAAAACCAGUGAUACUAAAUGAUUCUCGUAAGAUCUCAUUUUAUUCAUUCCUCAUUGUUUUUAAAGGUGUAACCACGUUCACAUGACUCUGGUGCUCUUGCACAUCUUGAAUUAACUGUUGAUUGCCUAACAGUCAAAGUUAAGAAAAGUGGAUGUGAAACCGUGUGAUUGUUUUUUUUGUGUGAUUGACGCUGAUCACAUUCCACUAUAGUGCAUACUACUUGUCUUACUGGCUGCUGUGUAGUCAGAAGAGGUACUAACUAUACUUCCUCUUUACUAACACUUGUUAUGUCUUACUGACCUUGUUCUACUAGAUAUAUGAAAUCGUAAGUAAACAUGAAAGAAUUAAUAAAGAAAUAUAAUCUGUAACAA